CCCGGCGCCCUCGAGCCCCGUCCCGUGGCCGCGGUGGCCCGGGGCCGGCCUUCCCAGUGAGCGGCGUUUCGCGGUGCCACGUGCCACGUCUGCUCUACCCACGCCGCCCCCGAGGGGCACUUUCUCCUGCACGUGGGGAGCACCGAGUGCUGAGGCCAGGGGCGCCCCAUCCUUAGGUGCCUCGGGGUGUGCCCUGAGGGGUCCCGUCUGCCCCCUCUGCCCUCCCGGCGGUGCUCACCCUCCGGCCACGGUGCCUUUGGUUGCCCGCCCGCAGAUCGGGGAGCGGGGCCUCAACCUCUCGGGGGGGCAGAAGCAGAGGAUCAGCCUGGCCCGCGCCAUCUACUCGGACCGCGAGGUCUACCUGCUGGACGACCCGCUGUCGGCCGUGGACACCCGCGUGGGGAAGCACAUCUUCGAGGAGUGCAUCCAGAAGGCGCUCCGCGGCAAGACGGUCGUCCUGGUGACGCACCAGCUGCAGUAUCUGCAGUUUUGCGACCAGGUCCUUUUGCUGGAAGACGGGAAAAUCUGUGAGCAGGGGGUUCACAGCGAGCUGAUGCAGAAGAAGGGGCGAUACGCCCACCUCAUCCAGACGAUGCACGGGGAGGCCACACAGAACACACUCCAGGUGGCCAGAGAGCCUCAGGUGGGCGGCCCAGCCCAGCACCCCCUCCAGGAGGAGCCUCUGGGGGACAGUGCAGGGCUGCAGAACCAGCUCACACAGAAGGAGAAGAUGGAAGAAGGGUCCCUGACGUGGCGUGUGUACCACCAGUACAUCCGGGCAGCCGGAGGGUACGCGGUCGCCAUCGCGGUUUUCCUGAUCAUGCUGCUGUUCAACGCCCUCUCCGCCUUCAACUUCUGGUGGCUGAGCUACUGGCUGGGGCAGGGCUCAGGGACCAACAGCAGCUUCGAGAGCAACAGAACCGCCUCGGACCCGGGCGACAUCCUGGACAACCCCGCCCUGCCCUUCUACGAGAUGGUGCUGGGCCUCAGCGCCCUGGUCCUGGCCUGCGUGGGGGUCUGCUCCGCGGUGGCCUUCACCCGGGCCACCAGGAAGGCGUCCACCGCGCUGCACAACGACCUCUUCAGCAAGGUGGGCGCGGGGCCCGCGCAGGCCGGGCCUGGCUGGACGGCGCCCUUCAUGCUGCUGGCCCUGGUGGUGCUGAUCAACAUGGUCAUCGUCAGCGUGCUGUCCCCCUACGUCCUGCUCAUCGGCAUCGUCCUGUUCGCCACCUGCCUCCUCUACUUCGUGAAGUUCAAGCGGGCCAUGAACGUGUUCAAGAGGCUGGAUAGCUACAGCCGCUCCCCCCUCUUCUCCCACAUCCUCACCGCGCUGCGCGGGCUCAGCUCCAUCCACGUCUACGGGACAGCCGAGGACUUUGUCCGCCAGUUUAACAGGCUGAACGACCUGCAGAAUAACUACCAGCUGAUGUUCCUGUUCUCCACGCGCUGGGUGUCGCUGAGGAUGGAGCUUAUGGCCAACCUGGUGACCCUGGCCGUGGCCUUGUUCGUGGCCCUCGGGAUGUCCUCGGCCUCCCACUCCUUCCAAGCCUUGACCAUCAGCCUCAUCCUGCAGCUGUCGUCCAACUUCCAGGCCACGACGCGCGUGGGCUCGGAGACGGAGGCCUACUUCACGGCGGUGGAGCGGAUGCUGCAGUACAUGAAGCUGUGCGUCCCAGAGGCCCCGCCGCACGUGGGAGGCGUGACCUGCCCGGCCGGGUGGCCGCUGCGCGGGGAGAUCUGCUUCCAGGACUAUCAGAUGAGAUACCGCGACAACACCCCCAUCGUCCUCAAGGGCAUCAGCCUGACCAUCCGCGGCCAGGAGGUGGUGGGCAUCGUGGGCCGGACCGGCUCCGGUGAGCGGCGCGUCCGGGCACCUCCUCCUCCACCUGGGCCUCGGGGCGGCCACCUGUUCUCAGCAGGG